AUCCUUCCCUUCAUCUUCUCGCACGCGUCGGAGGGGAACAUAGACGAGAUCCUCGCGGCCAUGGACGAGUUUGGCAAGUUCUAUCCGAUGUACAAGCUCGGGUCAGAGAAAGGCAAGAUACUGGAGGAGGAGAUCAAGACGAGGGGCUUGAGUAUCCGGACGUCUCUCGAGAUAGGCACGUUCUUUGGUUACUCUGCCAUGCGGACAGCAAGAAACUUGGCAGCAGGAGGGCAUCUCUACUGUAUAGAGUACAAUCCAGCUCACGCUGACGUCGCGUCUCAGCUUAUUCGCUACGCUGGGCUUCAAGACUCGGUCAGCAUAGUCGUGGGCCUGUCAGGUGACGUCAUCCCUAAGGUUGCCGACCGAGUGAAGCACGCGGACUUUGUCUUCCUGGACCACAACAAGUCCCUCUACCUCCCUGACCUCAAGCGCUUGCAGCAGCUGAACAUCGUCGGCAAAGGUACAGUGAUCGCAGCUGACAACGUGAUCUAUCCCGGCACCCCCGAGUUCCUCGAGUACGUCAAGAGCGGGCCAGCAUGGGAAACGAAGUUGGUUGAGGCAGACUUUGAGUACGAC